AUGACGUCCCUGUUGGCUAAGAUGGUCAGCAAGAGGAUUCUGGGAGAGAACCUCAAGAAUAAAUUUGGCAAAGAGGAUCCAUACUUUGAGCAGGUCCCGGCAACUAGGCUUGACGGGCGACCUACGGGCAAAUUCAAGAAGCGCAAGAAGGCCCUGCCACCAGGCAUCUCGGAGCAUGAUGGCCAGGUCUUGACCAAGGUCAAGCGACGCGCCUAUCGUCUUGACAUGUCGCUGUUCAAUUUCUUGGGAAUCCGCUUUGGCUGGAGCAGCGUCAUCGGUCUUAUCCCUGCAGCGGGAGAUGCACUCGAUGCCUUCAUGGCAUUUAUGGUGUACAGGACAUGCUGCCAGGUGGAAGGGGGCCUCCCGACCAACGUCAGAGUCCAGAUGCUGAUCAACAUCAUCCUCGAUUUCAUGGUUGGGCUGGUUCCAUUCCUUGGUGAUCUGGCCGACGCAGUAUUCCGUGCAAACACGCGCAAUGCGGCACUGCUUGAGGACCAUCUCCGUCAAAAGGGCAAAAAGGAAUUGCGAAAGAGCGGACUGCCCAUCCCAGCCGUUGAUCCCAGCAGCCCCGAAGAGUAUGACAGGAUCCAGCGAGAGGAUCCUCCCGAGUAUCGAUCGAACCCCCCAUCCCGCCGAGAGUCUCCGGUUCGGUACGAUGACCGGCAUCACCACGAGCCGAGAGCCCCAGCCGCCGCGGCGGUUCGCGAUGACCGCGGUUAUACAGGGCGCACUCGCCCGCACGAUGUUGAGAUGGGCCAAGCUGAAUCGGACAGGCGCCACCACGGCUCUUCAAGUCAAGGCGGCAAGAAGAAGAGCAGGUGGGGGCUGUUUUAG